GUUCUUUUUCAGAAUCGUUUAUUUGGGUUUGUGGCUAACAUUCCUAUGCUUGUUCCUAUGUCUGUUUCGUUCAAAAAAUAUCACGACGAACAUCAUCGAUAUAUGGGUAUCACACUGCUUAAGUGUGAGGAUAUUCUUGAUACAGAUAUUCCAACAGAAUUUGAAACACAAGUUUUUAGAGGACUUUUUGGCAAAUUGAUUUGGAUGUUUCUACAACCACUCUUUUAUGGCAUACGUCCAUUUGUCACCUAUAAAAAAGCAGUAACAGAUUUUGAAUUAAUAAAUCUCAUUUUCCAAUUGAUUGUCGAUUAUUUUGUUAUCGUUUAUCUUGGUCCAAAGGCAGUUGCAUUUUUACUUGGUGGAUUCUUAAUUGGUACUGGUAUUCAUCCGCUUUCUGGUCACUAUAUAUCUGAUCAUUAUACAUUUAAACCUGGACAAGAAACCUACAGCUAUUACGGACCAAUAAAUUUAGUCACAUUUAACGUCGGUCAUCACAUUGAACAUCACGAUUUUCCGUUUAUUUGUGGAGCUAAUCUUCCGCGGAUACGGAAAAUAGCUCCUGAAUAUUAUGCAAAUUUUCUGAAUCAUAAAAGCUGGGUUUACCUUUUGUACAGUUUUAUUGUGGAUCCAAAAAUAACGCUGCAUUCACGAGUCAAACGGAAGACCGCAAAACCUGAAGAUAUUCGAUUUUUUGGAGUUGGAAAAUACUCCACUUGUUAUGUUCACAAAUUUGUUUCAUCGGUUGGUAGUUCUUAUGUCUUUUGCUGA